GAUGCCACAACCUGCUUAUAAAGGGGCUCGCACGUUGUGGCUCUAAAUCAGUGCUAUCGCCUAAUUUUGUGGGUCAGACAGCACGCUCGCCCAGCCGUGUAGCCUACAUGGAGCACUUGAACGUGGUGAAGAUGCUUCAGCUUGCGGAGACUCCUGUGUACUGGGUCGGUGCAGUCACCACGGCCUCGCUGGCUCUCUGGCUCAUCUACCAUAUCAUCUCCGGCUUCAGGAUAUGGGUGCUCGGGAAUGGGGAUUUGCUGUCCCCCAAACUGGGGAAAUGGGCAGUUGUAACAGGAGCCACAGAUGGAAUUGGGAAAUCCUAUGCGGAGGAGCUUGCUCGACGAGGAUUUUCUAUAAUGCUAAUCAGUCGCUCACAGGAGAAGCUGGAUGAUGUUGCCAAGUCCCUUGAAACUCUGUAUAACGUGGAAACCAAGACCAUUGCUGUGGAUUUCAGUCAGACUAACAUUUAUCCAAAGAUUGAUGCUGCACUUGCUGGGCUAGAAAUAGGAGUUCUUGUAAACAACGUUGGCAUUUCCUACCCUUACCCUGAGUUUUUCCUGCACAUCCCUGACCUGGACAAUUUCAUAACCACAAUGAUUAACGUCAACAUAACUUCAGUCUGUCAAAUGACUCGUCUGGUUUUGCCCAAAAUGGAAGCUAGAGCAAAGGGUGUAAUCCUCAACAUCUCCUCUGCUAGUGGCAUGUACCCAGUUCCACUGCUCACUGUCUACUCUUCCACCAAGGCUUUUGUUGACUUCUUCUCACGUGGACUUCAAGCAGAAUACAAGUGCAAAGGGAUCAUUAUUCAGAGUGUGCUGCCUUUCUUCGUGGCCACCAAAAUGACGAAGAUCAGGAAACCCACCCUGGACAAGCCUACUCCUGAGCGUUAUGUAGCUGCUGAGUUAACUACUGUGGGGCUACAAGAUCAGACUAAUGGCUAUUUCCCUCAUGCAGUCAUGGGAUGGUUUACCACUGUUCUAGUUCCUAUCAAUCUGGUUCUUUACUUUGGCAUGCGCAUGAACAAGGCUCAGCGUGGCGGUUACCUCAGGAGAAGAAAGCUGCGAUAGCUUGAAGUGGUCUAACAGGAAAAGACAAACCGCAUCCAAAGUGUCCUUUUCUUCCUGUUGGCUUAGUAUGGAUAUGACUGCCUGACCAUUGUAUCAGUGUUUAAGUAGUUCUGUGUCGAGGCGUUUGUAUUGAAUGUCUCAUUAGACAAACUUCAUGUUCUUGUAAGAACUACAGACCACACAUGUUACACUUGUUGAAUGAAGUAGUUCAAUCUAGGCUUUUAAUUUGGUGACCGUUCUCUUUUUGUCUUGUGUGAUUUGGGGAAAGGGUGUAUUACUUAUAACUGAGUCCAAAGAGUGUUGUAUUUGGUGCAUGGAGGGCUGUUUUUCACUGCUGUUGUAAGCAGACGGUAUUUGAACAAGAGAUGGGUUUCAUAAGCAUAUCUUCCUGUGUGUAAAAGCCACACGUGCACCUGAUUACUUGCUCACUGAUGCCAGUUCCCUGUUAUGUUUGUUUACAAUGAUUUACAAAGGUGAAAUUUAUACAUUUUCUUUAGCUGUUGAAUGAUCAUCUGAGUAUUGGCCUUUUUUAAGAUUUUUUUUUUUUGUAUCCCCCGCCCACCCCCUUGCUUUUUAUGUUUUGUACAAUUUAUAAUUUCUUAGUAUUUAUGAAAUUGGUGGUGGGGUUUUGGUGUUUUAUAUGUUUAAUAUAUAUAUCUACAAUGGUGCUUUUUAUAAUUGAGCCAGGUUGAACACACUGUCAAUCUCUGAUCAUUCAGAAUUAUGUGCCUUACAGAAAUGCACAAAUCUGCUGACUAGUAAAGGAGAUAUGUACCCAGCUGCUAUUCUCUCUCAAACGUAGCAAUGCACUUACUGACCUUAUCCAUACCAAAUGAAUUUUUUUUUUGUUUGUUUGUUUUAAAGGGGUUUCUCCAUGGUUAGAUCUCCAUUUGACUUGUUGAACCAAAGCCAGUUAAAUGAAAGCGCUCAGGUGUUUGACCCUUGCUGGUUGUGUGACAGGGAAAACUUGAAUGUGUACAUUCCAAAAUAUUUGGUAAUGGUCUGCAAUGUGUGCCUUUUUUCCACAAUUUAUGCUUUUGUUAAACUUGGUUUGUCUUCUUUAAAUAAAGAUGUGAUUUUA